AUGUCAUUGGCCGAUCACGUCGACGCCAUCAAGAAGGAGAUGGCGAGCGUCUCGGGACAACUUCAGACGAACAAGGAUGCGCUGGAACGAUCGCGAAACGAAGUGACCCAGCUGCAACUAUCCCUUCAACAAGUCAACGAUCAACAGGUGCAAACGGACAUUCAGAAGGCGCACGAGACGACGGAACGGCUGAAAGCGCUGGCUGUGAAGUUCCUGGGCACGCUGUCGGAUCCGAAUCAGCAGAGUCAGUUGGCAGGAGAGUUUGAGCAGCUGAUAGCCAAGUCUGGAGCCGCCUCUGGCGGACCCCAAAUGGCUCAAAUGCCCCAGAUGAUGGCCGCUGCGAUGCAGCCGCACAUGAUGAUGAGAAAUCCGAUGUUGAACGCAAUGACACAAGGAUCGCCACGUGGCGUACCAGGCAAAGGAGGCGUGCCGAACGGCGGCGGAAUCAAUAUGAUGCAGCAGAUGCAGAUGCAAGCGAUGGCGGCACAAGUGCAGGCACACGCUCAAGCCGCCAUGAUGCACUCGCAAAUGUUCCAAGGGAUGCCGAUGAUGGUGCCUGGGAUGAUGGGAGGCAUGCCGCCUGGAAUGGCCGGGCUGCCUGGAAUGAUGCCGCCGAAUAGUAUGGCAGCGGCGAUGCAGCAGCAGUAUCAGCAAUUCCAACAACUGGCCGCCGCCGCCGCAGCCUCAUCGGUCGCCGUCUCGACGCCGUCCCGCAACCAGUCCACGUCAGGAGCCGCGUCACGAACACGAACCCCUCUGACGCAGUCGGCGACCAACUCGCCCCGCCCCACCACGGAGCUAACGAUCAAAGACGAGGAGCCGGAGCAACCGGAGACGAACGGUGUGGCUGCUGCUGCCGCAGUCACCACGGCGGCCGCCUCGAUCAAGCAAGAGGAGAAUUCGACGGUCGCCGUCGCAUAG